CCCAAUUCAAACUCUUCUGACACUUGACACUCCUUCCUCAGCCCACCAUGGAGUUCUUGGGAUGGCCCACAGUCCUCUUGCUGGUCUGCAUCUCAUGCCUUCUCAUUGCUGCAUGGAGAAGUACAUCACAAAGAGGGAAGGAGCCUCCUGGUCCCACACCAAUCCCCAUAAUUGGAAAUGCUUUUCAGCUGAACCCAUGGGACUUGAUGGAGAGCUUUAAGGAGCUCAGCAAAAAGUACGGCCCUAUCUUCACAAUACAUUUAGGCCCCAAAAAGGUUGUGGUGCUCUAUGGCUACGACGUUGUGAAAGAAGCCCUAAUUGAUAAUGGAGAAGCCUUCAGUGGGAGAGGAGUACUGCCUAUGAUUGAAAAACUCUUCAAAGGCAUAGGUACGUCCCAGGUAACACUGCCAUACAGAACUGAUCAUGUCAUUGGUACAGGAAUCCACCCGUAAGGGCAGUGGUGUAGU